CCUUCAAUAAUGAGUAACAUGCUGAAUCCGGAUGCUAUUUUUUCAAACAAUGAAAUGAGCCUGUCGGACAUAGAAAUUUAUGGUUUUGAUUACGACUACACAUUGGUCUUCUAUUCUAAACAUCUGCACACGUUGAUCUUCAAUGCUGCUCGAGAUCUUCUUAUUAAUGAGCAUCGGUAUCCUGCAGAAAUCCGAAAAUACGAUUAUGAUCCCAGCUUUGCAAUCAGAGGACUUCACUAUGAUGUGCACCGGGCAUUAUUAAUGAAGAUUGAUGCUUUUCAUUAUAUUCAGCUGGGAACAGUUUACAGAGGCCUUAGCGUUGUCCCGGAUGAAGAAGUCAUUGCAAUGUACGAUGGUUCCCAUGUCCCUUUAGAACAAAUGAGUGACUUUUAUGGAAAGAGCUCACAAGGAAAUACAAUGAAGCAAUUCAUGGAUAUAUUUUCCCUGCCAGAAAUGACACUCCUUUCUUGUGUGAAUGAAUAUUUUCUGAAAAACAACAUAGAUUACGAGCCAGUUCACUUGUACAAAGAUGUCAAGGAUUCAAUCAGAGAUGUCCACAUCAAAGGAAUAAUGUACAGAGCAAUUGAAGCAGAUAUUGAGAAGUACAUCUGCUAUGCAGAACAAACUCGUGCUGUGUUAGCAAAGCUGGCUGACCACGGCAAGAAAAUGUUUCUCAUCACAAACAGUCCCAGCAGCUUCGUGGACAAAGGCAUGAAGUUCAUAGUUGGCAAGGACUGGAGGGAUCUUUUUGAUGUGGUCAUCGUACAGGCUGAUAAGCCAAACUUUUUCAAUGAUAAGCGAAGACCGUUCCGGAAGGUGAAUGAAAGGGGAGUGUUGCUCUGGGACAAAAUUCACAAGCUGCAGAAAGGUCAGAUUUACAAACAGGGUAACCUGUACGAGUUUCUGAAGCUCACCGGCUGGAGGGGCUCUAAGGUUCUCUACUUCGGUGAUCACAUUUACAGUGACUUGGCAGAUUUGACCCUGAAACACGGCUGGCGCACUGGUGCCAUUAUUCCAGAGUUACGGUCAGAGAUUAAAAUCAUGAACACAGAGAAGUACAUUCAAACCAUGACCUGGCUGCAAACCUUGACAGGAUUACUGGAACACAUGCAGGUUCACCGUGAUCCUGAUUCGCAAAUGAUUUUAGAAGAAUGGAAGAAGGAAAGAAAGGAAAUGAGGGAGAUGAACAGGAAUUUCUUCAAUGCACAGUUCGGAAGCUUGUUCAGAACUGAUGAGAAUCCAACUUAUUUCCUAAGACGUCUGUCCAGAUUUGCAGAUAUCUACAUGGCAUCACUGAGUUGUCUCUUGAACUAUGAGCCUGAUUACACGUUUUAUCCCAGAAGGACUCCUUUGCAGCAUGAACUUCCUGGCUGGUCAGACCAGCUGUGCACUGGUACAUUCAGAAUACCUUUCCUACAAGACACAGCUCAGAUCAAAUAA